ACACAAAUCAAUCGCAAUGAAGAAAGUAGAGCUAUAAAGUCAAUCCAAAAAAAUAAACAGAACUCUUUGCUCCAUCUCUUCCAUUUUCCGAUGGAGCAGAAACCGCCGCCGCACGUAAUGGUCUUCCCGCUGCCACUGCAGGGCCCCCUGAACGCCAUGCUCAAACUGGCGGAGCUCCUCUGCAUCGGAGGGAUCCAAAUAACCUUCUUAGUCACCGACCACAUCCACCGCCACUUCAACAUCCAAACCCACCCCGCUUUUUUAAUCCGUACCAUCUCAGACGGAUUACCCGAAAACCACCCCCGCGAAGGCGGCAAAUACUUGGAGAUGUUCGAAUCUUUGAGGACCAAUACUAGACCUCUCUUCAAGGAAUUGCUGCUUCAGAGCGGCGCCGGCGGCGGCUCCCCGAUUUCAUGCGUUAUUGCAGAUGGGGUGCUUGGGUUCACUUUCGAUGUUGCUAAUGAAGUCGGGAUCCCCAUUUUUGAUGUCAGGACUCUCAGCGCAGCCUGCCUUUGGCUCUUCUACUCUCUUCCUAAGCUUAUUACUUCUCGAGAGCUUCCUUUUAUAGGAGACGAUUUGGAUGAAAUGGUAAAGAGUGUCCCGGGCAUGGGAAGGUAUCUCCGGCGCCGAGACCUUCCAAGUUUUUGCCGCUCAGGCGACUUAGAUGAUCCGAGUAUUAGAUUUUAUCAGACGGAAACCAUAGAAAAUCCCAGAGCCUGUGGUCUCAUACUAAAUACAUUUGAGGAACUCGAAGCCCCAAUUCUUGCUGAGAUGCAUAAUGUCUGUCCCAAUAUUUAUGCCGUUGGACCACUGCAUGCACAUCUCAAGGCCAAACUAGCUGCAUUCCCCAAUAGCUUAUGGGAAGAAGAUAGGUCCUGCUUGACAUGGCUCGACUCUCAACCGCUCAAGUCCGUGCUCUAUUUGAGCUUCGGGAGCCUGGCCACGCUUUCCAGAUAUCAACUGAUGGAGUUCUGGCAUGGUUUGGUGAACAGCGGUCAGAGAUUCCUGUGGGUUAUAAGACCGGACUCUGUGGACUGGGAGGGUCGGAUUCCGGUGGAACUAUCACAAGGUGCUGCUGCUAAAGAGAAGGGGUACAUCGUGGGCUGGGCGCCUCAAGUGGAGGUGCUGGCUCAUCCUGCUGUUGGCGGGUUCUUGACACACAGUGGAUGGAACUCGACUUUAGAGAGCGUGUAUGAAGGGGUGCCUAUGAUCUGCUGGCCUUAUUUCCUCGACCAACAGAUCAAUAGCAGGUUGGUAGGGGAGGAAUGGAAGCUUGGUUUUGACAUGAAAGAUACUUGUGAUAGGAAUGUGAUUGAGGAAACUGUGAGAAAUCUCAUGCAGGUAAGGAAAGAGGAGUUUUUAAGGAGAGCUGAUGAAAUGGCGAAAUCAGCUAAAGCAUCUCUGAGUGAAGGAGGAUCUUCCUACUCUCACUUGGACCGUCUGAUUCAAGACAUCAAAACUAAGAGCGCCCAAGUUGGAAAAUUCGAGUGAGACAAGCUCGGACCUAUGAAGUCUGAAAGUACUGAGCAUCUGUACAUGGUAGCUGCAAGUACAAAGAUUAUGUAGUACAGUUAGGCUCAUCCGGCCAUUGGUGGAUUCCUGAUGCACAAUCUAUGGAAUCCAAGUCCAACGCUGGAGAGUUUGGUUGCGGGGAAACCCAUGAUAUGUUGGCUGUAUUUUGUUGAUCAACAAGUGAAAAGUAGGUACAUCAAGCAAUGUGCGAACUUGGUUAUGGAGUUGAGGAAGGAAGAGUUCUUGCAGAGGGCUAAAGAAACGGUGGAAUUAGCCAAGUCCACCGUGAGCCCCGGUGGCGCUUCAUUGGCCGAUGUGGAUCGUCUCAUUAAGGAAAAUUAAGAUGAUGAAGAUAACAAAAAGAUAGAGCUAGUGAUGUUUGUAAAAUUGUAUUGUAACAAGUUGAUGUUGAAAGGAUUACUUCAUGGUUGAAAUUUUCGUAUACAUGGCAUCCAAUGCUCAUAUGCUUGAAAUCAA